GUUAUAUUAAUUUGAAGGGGUAGUUUCACCCCCCACUAAAAAGGGAUUUGUGCCAGUUAAGGGGUAAACAGACUAUUUUGUGUGACUAGGUAAACAGAAGAUGCUGUUACAGCCACUGCGAGUGUUCAUCUGCCUCCUUGCUUCCACUGUUCUCUAUUUUAAAAACUAAAAUAUGGUCACCCCUUACUUCAGAAGAAUUAUGUGACAACAAACGAAACCUGGUCCAACCUGAAAAGCCAGUCGUGGAUGAAUCCCACAAACAAGCUCCCAUGAUGCGUCACUAAGACAACACCACACACAAACACAACAACACAAUAAAAUACCUCAGAGACAAACUGAAUGGGAUCUUACGCUCGCUGGUAGGACAGUCUUUGUGUGGAACUUCUGUGACAGAUCAUAAAAAUAAUGUUGUACUCUUAACAAUCUGCAGAAAACCUAAUGCCUUUUUACAUGCAUUGGAAACAGUAUGUGUAGAGACGCCACAGAUUUAAUCUGUUUGAAAUCUGUUGGUAGAAAAUUUGGCAACCACUUCCGCUUCUGUAAGAAAUGUUUUGUUUCCUGCAGUGGGCAACUUAACCAUCUAACAUCUCAGCUAUCGUUUCACGGAAAGGCACUUGAAUAAUGCCUCCAGGUACCAAACUAUCAAAAUCUCAAAGUGCAAAACCUGCCACAAAAAGCAAAAAGAAGCACUCCUCUAAGAAACAAUCUACAAAACCCCCCAAAAAGGAUGUGGAUAUUCUGAGUCCAGCUGCCAUGGAAAACAUCUACUACAUCUCUCAUAAUGCCAUGGACUGCUUGGAGUUCAGAGGCUUUGGUUGGCCUGGGGCCUCCAAGAAGAAAGGAAAGAAAGGGAAAAAACGAAAAGGAAAGAAAUGAUGCUGCUCGCUUAAUUUGCAUAUGCCUAAUCGAUACAGAGAACAGUGAAUAUUUUCAGCUUUUGAUCCAGUCGAACCAGUUUAAUUCCAUAAUUUUAGCGCAAUGUGUUUGUUGAAUGCAAAUGUCAGAGAAACUGUUAUUUAAUAUCCGCUUAUUUGGAACCCUGGGAGAAAAUAAAACUUGUUGCAGUUUACCAUACGUUUCAUGUUGUAUAUUAAACAGCAGAGAUUUCAUUUAAUCAAGAAUUAAAGGGGACAUAUCAUAAAAAUCUGACUUUUUCCAUGUUUAAGUGCUAUAAUUGGGUCCCCAGUGCUUCCAUCAAGACACUGUGAAAAAGAUCAAUCCAGUACCUUAAUUUUGGUACACCAUU